CUACUGCAUCGAAAUUUAAGGCGGUACUUUUCUACCACAUCAGGAAAGGAGGGACCUCCUGGAGCUGAGAGCCUAAAAGGUCCUUACCCCCUCUCAAAGCACCAGGAAAGCGGGUGAGAAUUUGGAUGUCGAGCGGAAAAGUCCACGUCACCUGGCCAAUAUGCAACUAUGACGUCCUGCUCCGCACAAAUUCUUCAUGUUUCCAUAAAAUGAUCAUGGGUCUUCCUUAUAAUAUCUGCACCAUCCUUCUCUACGACUGGCAUCUCCCCAAACACACCCUCAAUCCAUGUCUUCAUCUCUCUUUCAUCGCCGCGUAGCAUCGUCUGCCCUUGCUUUGACUCAUCGCCAAGCCCUUCUGAGACAGGCAGCCACUCUCCAUAACUGCCGUACCUAUGCGACAACCACUGAAUCUAAGUCUGACCCACUUACUCCGGGUGCGGCUCCGCCACCAAUGAGUGGAGGCUCGGUCUUCCCUUGGGUCGUUGGUGCAAUCUUGCUUGGAGGAGGUUACUACUACUACACCGGUCAAGAGCAGCCUGCCAAUAAGAAAAGAAUAGAGAAGGACGCCAAGGUGCUGAAGAAGGACUCUAAAGAAGCCUUUGACAGGGGUGCCGACAAUGCCCAAGACAAGGCAGCUUCAUCUUAUGACCAAGGGAAACGUACUAUUCAGGAGUAUAAGUCCAAUGCCGAAUCUAAAGCCUCUCAAUUUCAAUCUUCCGCAACUGAUACACAGGACAAAGUUCACGAGACGUACGACUCCGCUAUGUCCAAGGCCAGAUCUGCAUACGGCGCCUAUGCUGCCAAAUUCAAUGCCGCUGAGCGCGAAGCGUGGAAUAAGCUGAGCAACGCAGAGAAGGAAGCCGCUAUCAAAUCUAGUGAGGUCAAGGAGCAGAGUAAAUGGUGGCUCAGCCGGUUAUGGCCUUGGGGUGAACCAUCGAAGGACGUAAAAGAUGAGGCGAAAGGCGUAUGGCAUACCACGAAAACUGAAGCACAGAGACUCAAAGACGAGCCAUUCCCUAAGGACAAUAAAUGAUGUACGACGGACGGAUUGUCCACCACGUAAUCCUAUUGCUACAACAAUGGCUGCUGAAUGCAAAAGACUGGUCAUUUGAGCCUCGGAAUAAUGGCUGGAUCUACAUUCAACGAGUCGAAAAUAGGCCAGAAGAAAAGCUAGUGAAUGAUGCUGGGCAAUUUGAUGUUCUGAACAAAAGAUACUCAUGUAGUGAUGAUGAAAACAACAAAAAUGAAAGGCUGCACAUU